AUGGCGAAACCGCGCUUGAUCAUCCUGGUUCGGCACGCGCAGUCCGAGGGCAACAGUGAGGACUCCAUACCCGACCACCGGGUCAAACUCACACCCGAAGGACAGACCCAGGCGCGCGAAGCAGGUCGUCGACUACGGGAACUCCUCCGUCCCACCGACACCCUCCACUUCUUCACCUCGCCCUAUCGACGGACGCGCGAGACGACUGAAGGCAUACUCGAGACGCUCACCUCUGACGAAGACUCCCCGUCGCCCUUUCGACGGGCGAACAUCAAGGUCUACGAGGAGCCCCGCUUGCGAGAGCAGGACUUUGGCAACUUCCAGCCAUGCAGCGCCGAGAUGGAGCGCAUGUGGCAGGAACGUGCCGACUAUGGCCACUUCUUCUACCGCAUCCCCAACGGCGAGAGCGCGGCGGACGCCUACGACCGCAUCUCCGGGUUCAACGAGUCCCUCUGGCGCCAGUUUGGCGAGGACGACUUUGCGAGCGUUUGCGUGCUGGUCACCCACGGUCUCAUGUCCCGCGUCUUCCUGAUGAAGUGGUACCACUUCUCGGUCGAGUACUUUGAGGAUCUACGCAACGUCAACCACUGCGAGUUUCUCAUCAUGCGACGGCAUGACAAUGGGAAGUACCUGUUGGAAAACAACCUGCGCACCUGGUCCGAUCUCCGCCGCGAGCGAGCUCUGAAGGAAGCCCGCGAGGCGAAAGCCCCGGAACCCGACACAAGCAUGGUCGUCACGAAGAAGGAAGACGACCACAGGCCUAAAAAGGAGGAUGACGGGCCCGAGAAGGAGGAUGACGGGCUUGAAAGGGAGCGGGCCCCCGUCACAUCCUCCACCACCCUCGCCCGCAGCAAGACGUUCACCGUGACGAGGCGAUGGGGCGGCUGUCCCAACGGGUGCAACCACAGCAGCCACUACCUCAAGAGGCGUGAGGAUCUCGAACUCCUGCGCCAGCGAGACGUGGAGCAUGCAAAUGCCACCACCGACAAGACCUGGACCCGGACGACCGUCAGCGACUGGCGCCGCACGCUGAGCUCGGACGAGGAGGAUGAUACCCCGGCCAAGGGCCCGUCACCUCUAGUGCGGAUGGUGACAACAACGACGGAGGAUAGUGACUCGUCGUCGCAGCGCCACACGCCUACUUCAUUGUUAGACCCGGCCACCGCGCGGGCUUUGCACGUGGGCCGCGACGGAGGCGGCACGUACUCGGGCCAUGCGUCAACCGCUGGUAGUGACACGGACGACAUUUCCGAGGACGAGCACAGGAGGUUCCAGCGCACGCGGCGUAUCCCCUCGCUCAAUACGCGGAUAAGGAUAGCGAAUGCCGAGUCAGUGGCCAGGGGGGAGGUGAUGAGGCUAGGCGAUGCACCAUCGAUUUCGGCGCCCGAGGACGAGCUAGGCAGGGAAGAGCAGGAAGAUAGGAGCAUACGAGGUAGCGUAUUCUAG